AUGUGGGUGCAGGGUAAGCUCGCUCUCUCACCGGUCACACUCCCAGUUGCCCAACACCACACCGUCACUCUAGGAAGGGAAGAAGGCGAGUUGUUUGCCCCUUGUCGUUGUCACGGGAGUAUCAAGUACGUUCACCAGAAGUGUUUAGAUCGGUGGUUAUCGCUCAAGGGAACGAGUGCAUGUGAGCUAUGCGGAUACGGGGUCAUUUACGAUCGCAUCGUGGCGGCGGGUGCGCCUCGGGUUUUGCCUUUAAGGACGUUGUUGCCUGAGUGGUUGAAGGGGUGCUAUGUGGAGAACGCUGUUUGGCUUCGUGGUAGCAUCUGGUCGGCGACGAUGUGGGUGUGGGUGCCAUCUGCCCUAUACCUGCUCUGCAAGCUCUCAGUGCCUGAAGGCACAACUUGGGAAUUCGUCACUUCGCGCGACCUCGACCUUGGACCGCCCCAGUCUCUACGGCCCGGCAGUCUCCGUGGCGCACCCCCUGGCGACCUUUUCGCAUCCGCUCUGGGAGGCUCCUCCGCCGUCCUGAACGCCUCCUCCUCCGUAUUGAACGGCUCUUCCACACUUGGCGGCUCACCCACACUUGGCGGCUCUCUAUUAGUCCUCGGAACCGGACUGGAACGCUCUUGCCGACUGCUGGAGGCCUUUGUACGCUCCUGCUUCUACGGGUCCUGGAUCACCCUUGUCGCCGCCUUACUCGUCGGCCUCGGCUGCCUCCUCUCCCUCAUCGGCAUGGAGUGUGAGGUCUUCUUCCUCUGGUGGCGCGACCAAAACAGGCACACCAACGGCACGCCUUCUCACAACCGAGUUGUGCCCAACGUUCUCGUCCCCGUACGCAGAGACAACGACGGCACACUCAUCGUCAACGGCGUCACCCGCCCUCCCGAGCCUCCCUCCAUGGUCUCUCCUUCCGCCCGUAGUCCCACUGAUCCGAGCACCACCACUGAUCCGAGUACCAUCACUGAUCCGAGUACCACCACUGAUCGCAGUCCCACAGACCGGAGCCCCACAGACCGGAGCCCACAGACCACCGAAGGGAGACCCCAAAAUCUGGCGCCAAACUCCCCCCACGGGACAAGUCCGCAGGGGACGGGUCCUCCAUCUGAGACCAACCCGGCACCGCUCUCGGCCGUACGCGCCCCCUUCAGCGCACCCCGGGCCGCGGCCCCGCCGGAAGACCAGUCCGAACGCGGCGUGAGUACAGAGACUGGCCCCCCGACCACGCCCGUCGCUACAGGCGGACUCAUCGACGUUGAAGAAGGCGCCGAGGAAGGGCCAGCCGACGAGGAGCAAGGUGGCGCGGAGCGGCAAGGCGAGCGAGAGGAACGGCCGGAGGCACGCCGAGAGGAACGCAUGCCGUUAUCGGCGGAUGAAGUUUCGGACACAAGUGGAUGUGAGGGGGAACUGUCGGUAGAGUACCCAGAGUGCAGGAUACCCGCCAUGGUGCCUUCGAACUCCGCAGAGGCGAAGUCACUGGUGCAAACUCCAUGUGGUACCACCCCUUUUGAGACGACUCCUGAUGAGACGACUCCUGUGGAGACGUCUGAGCCGGAGAGGUGGGAGGUUGCGGCGCUGCGGUUUCCUGCGAUGGAAGCCCGAAUCGACACGCCGUGCGAGCGAUCGCCGCGGGAAGUUCCAGCAUCAGUGAGCAGUCGUAGCGACGUUGAGGAGUCGCAGCCGGCUACGUACCGGUCGGCAUGUUACUUCAUCGGUGGAGACUCGGACGAGCCGCGGUCCGACGAGUCGCAGAGUCCUUUGGCGGAGGCAGUGCGGACCCUCCGUGCGGCACCUCUCCGGUCCUCCGAUCCGGAUUCGGGAGACGGACUCGAGGAGGACCAACUGGAUGCCGACUUGCGCGUUUCCUCGGGCUCCCUCAAGCCAACUCCGAACAGUGCUUCGGAUCGCCCGUUCAUGAGCAGCCUGGAGUCUAGUAGUGAAGAAGAGCGCACGCCCAUCAGCGACAUUACCUGCUCUGAACACCCAAGCAUUUCUGAGGAUCUAACGGACCCAGCAGACGAAGCGGAUCCAGUGCAACAAGCGGAACAAGCGGGUCGAGCGCCGACUACAGCCGAGGGACAAUACAGUGAUGCGCAAGAUGACGGCCAAGAGCUAGCUGUGAGCCAGGAACCAGACAGCCUCAAUCUUCCUCAGGAAUCGGAUGGCUUCGAUCAUCCCCACGUCCCAGGGGCAGGUCGUGGUUCGGUCGAGGCCAACGACGUAGUCAAUGAUUGCAAAGAAUACCUAGACAUCACUGAACUAAGUACUCCUGAACUAAGUACUCCUGAACUAAGUACUCCUGAACUAAGUACUCCUGAACUAAGUACUCCUGAACUAAGUACUCCUGAACUAAGUACUCCUGAACUGGAUAGCCCUGAGCUAGGUAUAAGCAAGUUGGACAAGCUGGAGUUGGAUGAAUUGGAAUUGGAUAAGCUGGAACUCGGGAAAUUGGAGGAGUGUUCGAGCAAUGCGGAUGGUAGUGUCGGAGAGAGUAGCGGGAGAAAGAGUAGCGAAGAUGUGGGGGACUACGAUAGGGGAGGACAUAGUUCAUCGGAUAGGCGGCGCAGUUCUUCACAAGACGGUUUUGACAGCGACGAGUCGGUUUUCAGUGCCCCUGUGAACUUGGGGCGUGGACGUAGUGGUGGUCGAACUUUCAGUCGGCGAGCGUCGACAUUGCCGGCGUUGUCGAGCGAGAGCUCGGAAGGAAUGGCCAUCUCCGGUCGGGGAGAGUUUGGUCAGUGGUCUGCCAACGGCCAGCGGGCCAGUUCAGCGUACGGAGCGGGGUCUGAAGCGUAUGGUUCUGAAGUCUUGACCGAUAGUGGUCCGGCGGUAUCUGGACACGGCGGCGGAGUCAGGACUGAGAGGACGAGCCCGGGGUGUGAUCACGGAAACUCCGAACAAGAACCGAGUCCUGACUCUACGUCCCGGCCGACGUCUCCUCGGGCGUUCACGGAUGAGGAGGUGAGAAUGACUGCCCAGCUGGUGGCUUCCUUGGCGAGGGCCUCGGAGGCUCCGGCGCCGGCGGAGACGGAGGGCGUCGACUCUUUGGCGUUUCUGGGUCUGCGCGGCUCCUACCUUCGCUUAUUCGGCGGCGCAUUCGUCCUUUGGGUAAUCGGUGCCUUCCUCGUACUCAUGAUGAUCCGCCGCUACACCAUGUCUCAGUACCACGCGCGGAGCGUUGUUGAGGCGUACUUGCCCGAUCACUUGGCCGGCUCCGCGCUCGCCGCCAAAGCCGUCUACGACCACAUGGGUCGCACUUUCUCCCUCGUCGGCUGCUUCGAGCCCAACUGCAGGGUUCCCGUCAGUUCGCCGGCAACGUCCACUCGCGUCCGGAAGGGCAAAAGACAAUUUGUUUCUCACCAGGGAUUCCUCAUCUCCAGCAAUCUACUUAGCCAAAACUAUGUCGGAGGGCCUGAAAAAUUCCUCAAGAUCCAUACAGACAAUGCCGAUUCCUUCUUCCCUAAUAUUCAAGAAUUAACCGGAACGCUGCAGGAACAUGACCGACUCAGGGUCUCAUCUCCGGUCAGCGAAGCUAUUCUCACCGGCCAAUCAUUAUUAUCUUAUUCGCCUCCGCAGACGUCAGGUCAGGCUGACGCCAGAGGUUAUGUUCCCCAACUGCCAGACUACAAUCUUGACCUGGCGAAGCUCCCGUCGCUCCCGAAAAAUCGUGUGGUCACACAAAGACAAACAAGAAGCGCAUCUAUAAGAUGGCCUUCCAAAGUUGUAAAGCAUCUUUACCAUAGGUUUGGACUUCGAACAUGGAUCAGAAUUAGACCUACCGUUGGGCCACUCGUGAGGAAACUAGCUACAACUGGAACUCCCACCAAGGUGCUUCGAUUAGUUAGAGGGGUCAUCAAAGAAGUGUCCCCAAUUCUUGAAAAAUUGAAAGAGGCAUUCAAUGAAAAGAACUCCGGCGCUGUGAUGUCUGACUUUGAGUUCCGGAACUCACUGGGUUCAGGUGAUUUCCCGGCGGUCGCUGGUAGGGACACUGGCAGGACAGGAAGGUUUGCUUCCGGGACCCAAAACACCACCAUAGGUUUUGUCGACGACUUCUCUGACUGGUAUUGGCGGACGGCGGUGGGCACCCCGAAAAGUCUGGCGGACUUCCUUCUUGAAGACCCGAAAGAGCUUUUGGAAUGCUCUGAGACCAAUGACGUCCCUCAUCUCGUUAACGGCCGGAAGAUCACUUGUGACUUCCUCAACCCGGCUGUGAUCGGAGCGGGGAGCAUCAAGACCUGGAUUGCAGGCGUGCCGCUAACUUCCGUUAGGUACUACUUGGUUGCGGCCUUGCGCCUGGAUUACGACGAAGGCUACCCUCCGCUGCGGAGGUACUGGAACCGGACACCUUUCCAAGCCCGGCUUGAUCGGGCGGCGCACCGAGCGAUCCAGGUUUUGCAGCCUCUGGCGAGGUCCUGCCUGCCGGAGUAUUUUGCGUCGCGGCUGCUCCCACCUUUGCAGCCGAGCCGACUGGUCUACGAAGUCAAAGUGGUGUCUGGGCAGUUCCCUCUGGACGGUGCUUUGUGGGUGGCUGGUGCACUCCUUCUGCUUCAGGGUUUUGUUAGAGUCCUGAAGGGUACAGCUUGCUUGCUUAUCAUUCCACUAGGCUACGCAAUUUUCUCUGGACUCUUUUCGAGCCUCCGCACCAGGAGCAACCAACCCGCCGCAGAUGACCGUGCAACCCGUGGCAGAGAACGCCCGGACAGCGGACCCUUCGGGUCGCCCGAGGAGCGGGCCGCUGCUAUACGCGCCUUCCGCGAGUCCCUUCUGCAGGCCGUCCAGGUCGCCAGCGUCCAAGAAAUCCGAAACUUCUACGCCCAGGGAUCGAGUGCACGGCCGUCCGACACUCGGCCGUCCGACACUCGGCCGUCCGAGACGCAACCGUCCGAGACGCGGUCGGGACCGUCCGAGACUCGGCUGUCCGAG